UUCGACUCGUGCCGGGUUGCGAGCCGCACACACGGUUCGCUGAUCGUCGACCUCGACCGAGGGAAGGUGAAGAGAGAUAGAGAGAGAGAGUUCCGAAGGGAGAGUCGCGCGACGUGAGAGCGCGCGAUUUUUGUGACCACUCAGUCCGCUCAGGCCGAUAGAUUGCAGUUGUUCGUCCGUGCGUUCGCGAAUCUCUAAGAAGUUCGGCGGUUCACACUCGGCGCUCCGUGUACUCGUGACUUAGCUCGUCGCGGCCAGGGGACUUGUUCCGCGUUGCCGUCGUGAGCGGAAGAGGAGAGCGGAGAGACGAAUCACUCUCUCUCUCCCUUUCGUUCCGUCGCUCGACCCGACGGCGAAGAAUGAUCCGAGUCGGCCAGAAGGAACGCUGAGGACUCAAUCCGGGGGUGAAGAGGACAUAAGCCGUGUGAGGCAACAGCGAAGCCGCAGUGAUUUAUACGCCGCGAUCAUAAGUUUCCUCGCAGCCGGGAAAAGGGGAGAAGAGAGAGAAAGAGAGAGGCAGUGUAUGAAGGUGUAGUGUGUACGUACGUACGUGUGCUCUACGGUAUGACCAGCCACGAGUGAGGCCCCCGGUACCCCGACAUCCAUUCUCGCGGAAGCGCCACGAACACGUGCCAUUCCGGAAAGAUGAUACGCGACUACCUGAUACUGCUCUCGUGGCUGUGCGCUGUGCAGGGGAAGAUAGGCUAUUUCUGGCAUAUCACCGACAUCCAUUACGACCCGAAGUAUUCCACGCAAGGAAACACCGCCACCAUGUGUUGGAACACGAAAACCGCCGACAGCGGACGGAUAAGGCUCGACAGGAAACUGGCGGGCGAGUUCGGCGACUACAACUGCGACUCGCCUUGGGCCCUCAUCGAAUCGGCGGCGCGAGCUAUGAGAUCGAAGCACGGCGAGGGUAUCGAGUUCGUCCUGUGGACGGGUGACGCGCUGACGCGCACCGCCGGCAUGAGCGUCGAGCUGCGUCUGCAGUGUUUGCGGAAUCUGACCGAUCUGUUGUCCCGCACGUUCAAGGGACAAUUCGUGUUCCCGGCGCUCGGCCACGAGGACAUCGGCGUCAGCUACACGCAGCUCGCGGUUCUUUGGCAGCAGUGGCUACCGCCCGAGGCGCUCGACACCUUCGAGAAGGCCGGCUACUAUACGAUCGAGCAGCGCUCGAAAAAGUAUCGGAUCGUCUUCCUUAAUACGAAUUUGUGGCUGAAUCCGGUCGACAGCCGUAUGCUGCAUCGCGCCGGUAGCACCACGGUCGAUAACACGCAGGAUCCCUUCGGCCAGUGGUCCUGGUUCCAGUCGGUGCUCGAGAAUGCGCGGAAGAAGAAGGAGACGGUGUACAUAGUCGGCCACACACCGCCAGGGGUGGACGACCAUGAAAGCGGCGCCGCGGCGCUCAACGAGAGGCACAACACGAGGUAUCUGCAGAUGGUGCGACUCUACUCGGACAUCAUCCGGGGACAGUUCUUCGGACAUUGGCAUUCGGACACGUUUCGCGUCGUCUACAGCGACACAGGUCUGCCCGUAUCUUGGAUAAUGAUGGCACCCAGUGUAACGCCCAGCUCCGUCGGCGGGCCCAACAACCCGGGUUUGCGACUGUACAAGUUCGAGACCAACACUGGACAGAUUCUGGAUUACACGCAGUACUAUCUUAAUCUGCCUGAAGCAAAUUCAAUCGGCAAAGCGAACUGGGUGAUCGAGUACUCGCUGCUUGACUAUUAUGAGCUGCAGGAGAUCUCGGCGAUCACUCUUCACGAUCUGGCGGAUCGAUUUACGCAAUCGAACGAUUACGCAUUCGUCAGGUAUUAUGCAGCCAACACGGUCUCGCUGCCGCGCGAGGUGGAGCAAAUCUGGGGCUGCGGCGGCCCCCUCAACGGCGUCUGUGCGCUGCAUCAUUACUGCACCGUGACGAGGCUCAAUCCCGAGUCUUACAGGGAGUGCUAUUCUUCCUACGCUUACGCGCUGUCGUCCACGGGACACUCCACCAUGCGUCCCUACCUCGUGCUGCAGCUGCUGGCCCUGCUGACCUGCGCCGAGGUCCUGAACGACCGGUAGGAUGAGCGUGACGAGAGAAUGCUCGAUCACGCGGGCCGCGCGCCGGCUCGCUCUUCACAACGGGGUCCGGUGUCUUCUCCCUGGCGAGGGUCCGAUCGGGAUUGGGAUCGCGGUGGCACAUCGCCGAUCCGCGGCCACCGCCUGCAGUGGAUUGGAUCGCGGUCUAGGAGUUAAGGUCCACGAGUAAAGAAACAGGCGAGCGCGAGUCUAGCGAUAUCUACGGCGUUUGUACGCCGCCCACGGUGUGUCAUCUACUUUGUCUAUGUCUCUGUCGUGUCUCCGUCUUCUCCUUGUCGCGCCACCGAGAUUGUUCAGGCGCGUCGCUCGUUCCGUCGUCUUUGGUGUGUGUUUUGCGUAUAUUCGACCGCGCGUGUGCCCGCGCCGGCGUUCACAAAAGCGAGGCUGCGAGGAAGUCCGAAUGCCCCGGCGGGUGGACGCGCAAGUAUGCGGAUGCUCCAAGUACUGCCAACGUGUGGACGUCACCGCAGCGUUGGCCCCAACGGCUAACGUUCGAGUGGCGUCGGCCGCUAUGUUUAUCCGAACAAUCGGAACACACGCGCAUAUAUGUAACACGCCACGCACACGCCAUGCGGAUCAUUGGGGAUCCGAGUAAUUCGGGUUGUAUUGUGUGUCCAAUUAAUUCGUCGUAUCGCGAAAUAGAGUAACUCGAUACGGGUCUGGUCUCUUCUCUCUCUCUCUCUCCCUCUCUCUCUCUCUCUCUCUCUCUCUCUCUC